CUGUGUGAAACUAAGCCUAGCCUAAACGUUAACCUUAACCCCAGACAUUAGAAGUGGAUAAGUUGGAUAUGCAAAAAACUCUUGAAGCUAACCCUACACUGUGUUGAUGACUAGUGUAAGAUGAUUGUUGUUUACUCGACUUCAUUUUUGGUGGCUGGUAUAGUUUAUCCUCACUCGUAGUGUGUUACAUUCUGAUUUAGCGAGUUCUAUUCCCGAAUUGUUGAUAUUCUUUCGUAAGAUUUCAGAGGUUCCCUGUUCGAAUUUGCAUAGGUGGCACUAGUAGUGUUUUGAAUUCCCUCUUCUUGGUGUAUUGUCAGUAUACGUGUCUCGACUAUGGAUUGUCGUAUUUUGAUAAUCUCCCACAUGCUUCCUGUCAUAGGUUUCCUUGUGUGCUAUUUAGCUUGUUUUUCCCUAUAAUUUGAACAUUUUUGCAAUAAAUCUUAUAGAAAACUGAGUAUCAGAGUUACCUAGUUACGAGUUGGAUGUGAUUUUUGAGGGGAAUGUGAAUAUGUCGUAUGUUUUUUUUACAGUAUUCGUCAAUGGAUCUGUGUGGCUCAUUGGUUUAGGCUAUUGACUACUAACCAAUGGUUCACGGGCUCUCGUCCGCACUCCACCAACUGAGAGUGGUUUGGACAGCCGGGUGUUAGUGUCAUUAGCCCUGACACAUUGAAACUGGUGCCUAUCCCUACAGGAAGCCAUAAUCUAAGUAACACUGGUAAUCAAUUAUUGAUUGUUGUGGUGAACAUCCCUCCAUUGUUCAUCCCCUACGGGCAUCCAUCUUUUAAUUUGUACAACUGGUGUUGUAAAAUGUCACAAUUAUUUGGGACGAAGAAGUCUUCUGACGUGUUGGCGUAUACAAGUACACAGAAUCUAUCGACACUUCCACUCCCAGAUGCUGUUCAGUUGAGUUCAUUACGUAUACCAGGUACUGGUGAAGUAUGGAGUCCACGGUCGGGUAGUAUAGCGUUGUUAAAUGAUAAAGACUGCACCGAAUCAGGAUGAUGUAGUGGAAGUGUUCAUGAUGAUGGAGGAUUUGGUGAUGAGGUGUUUAUGGCUAAUGAAUCAAAUGUUUUAACAAGAAAUCUUCGUAAACGAUCAAAAAAGCGUGUUAAAAAGAGCACGGCAUUGGAAUUACCAACUCCUCGUGAAGUUGGGGCAUAUUUGUCAAAGAUGGUGCAGAUAAGAACGAAUUUAUCUAUGAAUAUUGUGGUGAGAUCAUUAGUCAAGACGAAGCUGAUCGACGUGGUAAGUCCUCAAAAUUUCUCUGUUUGUUAUUCCUCUUGUUAUUACUGAUCACUAAUAAAUGAUGAAUAAAUUAAUAAAUAACUCAGUAAAUGAAAGUGAUAAUUUGAAAUAAAAGUAGGUUAUUAUGUUGUUAUUAUUAUUAUUCCCUUGUCUUCCGGAUGGAACAUAGAGCUCCAGCAACAGCAGAUCUCCAGCUCACGUCGUCCUCUUCAGUCUUUCUUUAGGUGACUCCACAAUUGAUCCUAAGCUUUCAUUCCUUCCGCCUUGCAUGGUCUCCUUGAUGUACCGUCGAACGCCGAGCCGUCUUUUCCCAUUUGGGUCUGACUUGAGUGAUGGUGGUGUGAUUGGCGCUCAUUUCACGGUCUUCUGAGUGCGUAUGUCCAGUCCAUCCGCGUUUUCUUCUGCAUAUUUGUUGUCCAGUAGGUUGUUGGUUGGUUCGUUACCUUUCCUUUCUGAUCGUCCACCUUAUGUUGAGUAUCGAGUCAGUGGGAGUAGCGAAUGAUUUUGAAGUAUUCGUCAGUUGUGGUGUUAUUCAAGCUCCACUUAGUUGAAUACAGCUCAGCGAAAUCGUUCUGAGUGUUGGAACAUAAAAAGAAGUCGAUUGUGAGUUAUUUCUUGGUUGGGUAUGUGGCCUUCUUACGGGGUUGGCCGAAAGGAACAAUUAGAGACGUCGUUAAUUUUAAUUCGACCACUCCUAACUCUUUUCUAAUCUAAUUGUAUGUUAGCUAGCAUUGCACUAUAACGAAGGCAUUGAUUCAGCAUACAUGGCAUGUAUCCUAGCCAUGAGAAUCCCUGUAGCUCCAUAAGGUGUUCAUCGAUUGAUUUUCCAUCCUCAGCUGACACCCAUACCUGGCGUCAGUAGUAUUACCAUGUUAGAAUGCAAAGAUGUAAGGGCAAAGAUAGCUGGCUUAUGACAUGUCUUCCAUUUAAAGAAGGCUUCAUGAAGUGAUGGUACUCCUAGUGUCACGCAGUUAGUACUGAUAUGACAAUGAUAAUAACAUUUGUGAUGUGUGGAUUUGCGAUGUAACGACGCCACAGCGAUCCGUGUUAAUUGUUUUCUUCGAAGUGGUCAGCAACAGCAUUAGUAGUAGUGGUAGUAAUAGUAGCAGCAGCAGCAGUAGGACGCUGUUGAUAUCCAUAGUAACUUUCGCCGCAGACAGCUUUUUCUUCGUUGACAAGGUCAAUGUGGAAAAGUAACUAAAUAACAUUGCAGUAAUUCAGCAGUGCAUAAUCGUCGUAGCGAUCGAUGCUUUGCACUUGUAAUACUGUGUUAAUCUUC